GUAUUAAUUAUAUUUAUUAUAACAAUAUUCUUAAUUUCUCCAUUCAGUCAUUUUCUUGUAAACGCCGAAGUUAUCUUCCGUCCACCGCCACGGCGAUCAGCCAAUCAGCUUCGGGAAAAAGAGCUCGCGGUUUUUGUUCAAAUGUUUUGAGCUGCAGACCAAGCAAGGCAAGGAAUAGAGAAGUGAGGAGAUACCGUAGUGUUUGAACAGUGUCUUUUAAGAUCAACGGUUUGCUAUAAUUGCCAACUGUACAUUUCACAUUUAGCACAUUGUUUUCAAGAGGAAGCUCUUGUGAUACAAGUUUUGGCAGCUUGCCCCCACUUCAGCCCAGCGAUGGCCGAGGCAGAGGCGGAGUGGGAGCUCUGCAAGGAGAACAUCCAGCCACUGAGGGGAGGCCGAGCCAUGUCUGCACUGAAGGAGGCCCUGACUCUGCAGGAGGAGGGUGGCUCUGCCAUCACACAGCGCCAACAGGCAUUUGAAACAGAGCUACGCAUGUAUGAUGGUGAUGAUCCACUAGAUGUAUGGGAUAGGUACAUAAAGUGGACAGAACAGACAUUCCCUCAAGGAGGGAAGGAAAGCCAUUUCUCUGUGCUUUUGGAAAGCGCAGUAAAGAAGUUUACAGAGGAGAAUAAAUACUACAACGAUGCCCGUUACAUUGACCUCUGGAUUAAGUUUGCGGACCACUGUCAAGAGCCUUUGGAUAUCUACCGGUACAUGCAAGCCCAGGGGAUUGGCCUGAUGUCAUCUGCUUUCUACAUAGCAUGGUCUGAGGAAUACGAGAAGAGGGGAAACUUCCGGAAUGCUGACAGCACAUUCCAGGAGGGACUGAAUUGUGGGGCAAAACCUCAGGAUCGGCUCAAGCAGUUCCACAAGGCUUUGCAGGCGCGUGUGACUCGCCAAGUAAUGUCGGGAAUGGGUCAAGAAAGCGGCGUGGUUGAUGCCAUGGAGAUGGAUAUGGAGGAACCUAACAGGAAGACACUGGUGGAACUGAAAGCCUUGGGGAAGGAAAAGGCUGUGGCACCCAUCAGCAGAGGGAGCAGCAUCACUACCCAUCAGCCGCGCAGGCUGCAGAUGAAGGCCCCCAUGGCUCCUCUCAGGAACAGCCGCCUGAUGGUGUUCGAUGAGAACAAGAAGGUGGCCGAGCCCCAGGACCCCAAGCUGGAGAGCUGGAUGGGUCCGCCCAGCGCCAGGGCCAAGGAGAACGAACAGAAGCCAGUCAAGUGGACCAAAGCCAAGUUGCCCAAGAAGACCCAUGCUGGCCUCCCAGUGGUGAUUCCAGCCCCUGCCAAACCCACGUUCCAGCCGUUUGUGGAGGAGUGUGAGCAGCCUCCUGCUGUCACGCCGUGUAAGAUCAACCCGUCUAUGAACUCCGUGCUGUCGGCACGUAAGCCCCACCGCGAGGAGACGCCCCUGAAGCGCGUACAGGACUGGCAGGCGCAGCACCAGGCGGCGGGGGCUCAGGCCCCAGGUGCAGACAGCAAGCCCCGGGAACAGAGCAUGUACUGCAAGGAGCUGCUGUUCAACGGCGCCACCGAGUUCUGCAUCGAGGAGCUACGCGCCAUGCGCUACCACCAGAAGCAUGCCCAGAGACUGGUAGCCAGCAGCAGCAGCAGCAACAGUAGCCCGGGUGACGAGAGCGCAGGAGCAUCUGCGGCUUCUGAGAGCUGCAGAGCAGGACCCUCCAGCUCUGGCUCCUCACACUGAACAGUGCUGUAAAGGGAAGAAAGAGAGUGAGAGAGUGAGAGAGUGAGAGAGUGAGAGAGUGAGAGAGUGAGAGAGAGAGAGAGAGCGCACUGUGGUUUUUAGGCAGUAGAUGCAACUCUUAUUUGUAUUGUUUUUAUGGUUGUUUCCUCUUCCUGUAUGUUUGUCUUUCUUUGUGUCGUUUUGUUUUUGUUCUUAAGAAGUCGUUUGUGUACUAUCAGGAACGAUGAUGUGAACUAAAGAAGCAUGUUUAGUUUGUAGGUACUUUCCUACCAACCUUCACAUUCUUCCAUUUGGCUUGAAGCUGCUGUUUGUAUCAACAACAGUAGGCUACAGGUGCAUUUGUGUAUUUGUUCAAUCUCAUCUGGCUGUGUAAUGAGUUUGAGAUGAGAUUCUUUUUCUUUUUCCAGAUUUUUACUGUAAAUCAAGAGGGCUUUUUUUUGUACAUUGUUUGUACUGUUACAGAAAUACAUGGACUAUUAACAAAGGGUGCAUAAUUCCCUGAAACACAGUAGCUCAAUAGUGUUGUAUGCCUCGAUUCAAAACCCAAAA